UAAACAAUAUGCAAAACACACUUAUUCGCACAAAACCAUCAACCCAAUACCUCCGACCCUUCUAACGCCGUUAGUUUGUCGGAUAUUGUCGAUGACGUGAUACGCAGAAACUAGUGACGAGUGAGUAAAGGAAGCGCACAGCCACUCUUUCGAAAUGAUUGGUUAGAAGAGUGUGACGUACAGGAACUUGCAUCCAAUAAUAAUCGAUAUUAGCAUUCUAUGACCCGCCGAUCGGGAAAGGCAUGUCCAAUCAAACGCUGGCGACAAAAAAAGUUUCUGGAGUGAAACGACUUGGGUCUUCUCUUGCUUUGUGUGACUGAUUAUGGAGUCCGUUAAGGCAGCCGGAAAACUUAGGAUCCCCGGCGAGGCUGAAGAAGGGAUUCUGAUCGGCUUUAAGCGAUACUCUGGGGUGCUGCUUACGCUCGACAACUGCCUCCUGCCGGAUGAUCGGCUGUCGCGAAGCCCUUCGGCCGAACAGGGGCUGCCUAUAGAUGUGGAGGAGCAGCUGAGGAAACAGGGCUGCGAGCUCAUCCAGGCCGCGGGGAUCCUGCUCCGUUUGCCGCAGGUUGCCAUGGCUACGGGGCAAAUUCUGUUUCAGAGAUUCUUUUACUGCAAAUCCUUCAUCAGGCACUGUGUGGAGAACGUCGCCAUGGCCUGCGUCCACCUGGCAUCCAAAAUCGAGGAGGAGCCCCGCAGGGUCCGGGAUGUUAUCAACGUCUUCCACCGGUUGAAGCAGGACCGGGAAGGCGGUGUGCUGGCACCCCUACCCUUGGAUGGCAGCUAUGUCAACAUGAAGAACCAGGUGAUCAUAGCGGAGAGGCGGGUGCUGAAGGAGCUGGGCUUCUGCGUACAUGUCAAACACCCGCAUAAGAUUAUCGUGAUGUACCUACAAGUGCUAGAGUGCGAAAAGAACACUCAGCUGGUGCAGACCGCAUGGAACUACAUGAAUGACAGCCUGCGGACAGACGUAUUCCUCAGGUUCAGCGCUGAAACGGUGGCUUGCGCCUGCAUCUAUUUGGCUGCCCGCUCUCUGCAGAUCCCCCUGCCUAACAGCCCACCCUGGUUCUUGCUGUUUGGAGCCACCGAGGAGGACCUGAAGGGGAUCUGCUGCCAAGUGCUACGGCUGUACUUGCUGCCGUCGGUGCCCCUGUCCACCUUGCAGGAGCGUGUGGCAGACUGCCGCAGGAUCCUGGAAGCUGCCCGUGCCAAGUCUGCCUUCAUGGGGCCCAUGUUGCUGGCCAACGGCACCCCCACCUUGGAGCCUCCCAGCAGCUUCUCCCCCGCCUCCAAACCAAACUCCCCUCUAGUCACACAGGUCAGCAGGGACUCGCCCCAGUCCCAGGCGGCUCUGAAAGACGUGUGCCGAAAUCUCGUCAAUGGGAAAAUCAGGUUGAGUCACAGUGACGAGAGGAGGGAGAUCCCAAAUUCAUCUCCCUCACACAGCCCCAAACGCAGACGCAGCCGGAGUGUGGCCUCUCCCACCCACUCGCUCUCCCCCAUCCGACGCAAGAAGCAGCCCAGUGACUAUCAGAGAGAGAGGGAGCGAGAGAGGGAGAGAGAGAGGGGGCGUCGGAGAGAGAGAGAACGGGAGAGGGAGAGAGGACGGAAGGACAAAGUCUCCUCGCAUCGGCGAUAGUCACAGUGGACAGUAACAGACGAGAAGGGGGGGGUGGUGCACACGAACCAAAAGAGAUGCCUGUUUCAAUAAUAGUUUCAGUUUUUUUUUUUUUUUUUAGCUGAAAAUUUGAAUAUAUGUGAAAUUUGAGGCCUUACACAGCAGUUAUUGUUGUUGCUAAGAUUUCUCCUCCAGAUAUGAUGACCUGGGUAGGCUAAAGAUCUGGCCCCAUUUUUGGUUGCUUAUUUAUUAUCAUUAUUUUGAAUCGACCUUGGACUGUGACACAAAGGGCAAUGGCGGUUAAACAGUUUUGAACUACUGAGUCUUUGAUUGACGGUUAGCCGUCAUUUCUUAACCAGGGACGUCGACCGUAAAGCAUCCUUGAAUCACUGGCUACUUAGGAGCAGAUGCUGUUCUUGUUGAACGGUUUGUACGUUUUUUGGGGGGUGCGGUGCUAGUGUCCCGGAGGAUGCAGGUUCAGAAUCCAGGCAGCAUAUGAGCUUGGCCCCCACCUUGGCCUUACUUACAACAGUAGUUACCUUGAUGUAUAAAUAAAACUUGCAAUGAAAGUCACCCUGGCUGAAAGUCAGGUCAUCGAAAGUAGGAUUCAUCACCAGGAAUAGGAUGAAUGACUCUUGCCUUCACCAUUCUCUCAUUGUACAGAUCUCUAUUUGUAUCCCAGAAUUUUAUAAUUCUUUAAAUAAAGAGCCUAUUUUUGUAA